AUGAAUGCAUUGAGCAAUUUCAGCGCGAUGAUCCACGUGGGCGAAGCAGGCAAGGUCGGCGACGGCGUGAACGCGUACCACGUGUACCCGAUUCGGUCGGCGGGCGCGGGACCUAUUUUGCACGAAGUCGACCGACGCUACUCGGACUUUGCGUGGCUCCAGAGCCAGCUGCUCAAGACGUGCCCCGGCUGCAUCGUGCCGCCGCUGCCGGCCAAGGUCGUCGGUCUCCUCCACUCGCGGGAAUUCCUCGAGGCGCGCCGCGUCGGCUUGCAAAAGUUCCUCACCAACGUCGCCGGCCACGACGUGCUGGCGGUCGCGCCCUGCUUUCUCGCCUUUCUCUCGGUCUCGACCGUCGACCUCACGCAGCUCAAGGCCAAAGCCAAGGACGCGGCGCCCAAGCAAGCGCUCUCGUCUUGGUUUGGCAAGGCUGUUCAAAAGUGGUCCGAGCACGACAAGGUUCAAACGCUCGCAUCCCGCGCGUAUGGGAAGGACCUUAGCAAGCCCAAGACGGACCAAGACCGCGAGUUCGACCAGAUCGCCGCGUACGUCUCGCACCUCGAAGCCUCAGCCAAGGCGCUGCAGCAGAAAGUCGUCGCAGCCUACCGCGCCAACAAGGUGGCCGCCGCCGCGUACGGCGAUGUCAUUGACGCCACGUCGUCACUGGCCGAACUCGAAGCGUCGCUGCCGGAAAUGAAGGCGGUCGCGUUCACCUCGUUUGUGCAAAUUUUGGAUGCCCGCGCGCGCCAUCUCGACGUGGCCUGGAACGGGCUGGCCGACGGCAUUGACGACUUUGCGCGCUGGAUCGGUAGCGUCCAAGCCGCGCUCGCGACUCGCGAAGACCGGCGGUUCGCCUACCAAGCGCAGCUCGCGGCCGUGAACCGACUCGCUGCCGCGCCCGAGUCGCCGACGCGGCGCAGCAGCUUUGGCAGCUUCAUGGCUUCAAGCCCCAACCCGACCGCGGUGGCCAACGCUCUCGCCGACGCGCAAGCGGCGUACGAAGCUGUGCACGCGCGUGUCAUGAGCGAAGUGCUCAAGUUCCGUGAAGAAAAGGCGAGCGCACUCAAGCAGCUCUACCUGGCCUUUGCGUCGCUGCAGAGCGACCACGCGCGCGAGUUUGCGGCCACGCUGGACCGCGUGCUCCCGCGCAUGAAGGAGGCCGCGGGCAUCUGCGUGCCACAAGACGAGAUCCGACGAGCCACCAUGCCGUCGCUCAAGCUUCCGUUUGCAUCCGAGGACGACGAUAUGGACAACAACGCAGAGUACGGCGCCGUGACAGAGCACGAAGAAAAGCCGUACGUCGACGUCUCCUUGUAG